GACUGCAGAGCUCUUGAGUUGACAGCAGACAGUAGUCGCAAUGGAUAUCUACAGAAUAGACAACAGCAACCCAAUGGAUUAUGAUCUGGAUGAAAUGGACUCAAAACAUAGGAAAAUGUUCCCGUGCCAAGAUGAGCGCGUCGACAGUGGAUUGGACUCAUUUAAAUCGGGCGAAUACGCACUUCUUCAGGAGGAAUUUCAGAAUUUAAAAAUGGCUGAAACAAGAACAGAAUUUUCUUGUGAACCCUGGAAACAGCAAAUAACAGAAGACGGUGACACGUUCCUCCACCUCGCCAUUAUUCACGAAGCAGAAGACCAAGCCAUUCAAAUUAUCAAACAAUGUCACAAGGACCCAUUCCUGAACACACAGAACAGCCAAAGACAGACACCCCUUCAUCUGGCUGUGAUAACAGAACAACAUAAGCUGGUUGAGUGUCUCUUGAAAGCUGGCUGUGAUUCACGGUUAGUAGACCACAGUGGAAAUACAGCUCUACACAUAGCCUGCAAGAAGGGAUCCAUGACUUCUUUCAGCCUUCUCACACAAGUGCCACCUGCUAUCCACUUGCGCUCCAUCCUCAACUUCCCAAACUAUAAUGGACACAACUGCCUCCACCUGGCCUCAAUCCACGGGUUCCUCUCAAUGGUUGAAGUCCUCAUUCAGUUAGGAGCAGAUAUUAACUCCAAAGAACAGUGCAGUGGCCGAACGGCGCUUCAUCUCGCUGUGGACCUCCAGAACCUCUCGCUUGUGCAUCAGCUGAUUGUUCUGGGAGCCGAUGUCAACAGCCUGACAUACGGGGGAUUCACACCAUACCACCUGACGUAUGGCCGACAAAAUGGCGAGAUCCGACAGCAGCUGUACGACAGGACGGCACAGGACCUCAGAGAACUGCCAAACGAAUCUGAGAAUGAAGAGUCUGAGGAUGAAAUGUACGAUGACAUUCUUUUUGGAGGAAAGUUGUCUCCAACUCACUGAGGAUUUCAUCGGUAACUCAGCUUGGCUUUCCACAAACUUCCAUAGGACCAAGACCGCACAGACCAAGACCAAAAUGAAGCUUCCUAACUGACCCAAGUGUCUGGGAGAAAAAGUGCACAAGGCCUCAAGAACCUCAAAUCUACACUCCGCAGAACUAUGUUAACUGUGUAAAUAUCUGGGAAUAGCUGUUAAAUAUUGUAAAUACAGAGAGCACUAUUUUUUUACCUGUACAUAUCAAUUUAUGUAACACUAUUGUAAACUAUAAUUUUGUACUAUAUGUAUAUGGUGAUAAAUUAAACAAGACAAGUGCAUACAAUUUAAA